AUGGCAAAGACAAAAUCAAAAAAAAGCCCCAAGAGCUCCUCCUCCCAACCCAAAGAAUCCCCCGAACAACUCUACGACCUCGCCAUCCAAUGCGUCGAAACCAGCGAACCCCAACAAGCCCUCGAACACGCCCAAAACCUGCUGGUGCUGGUCCGCCGCCUGCAAACCCCCAAUGCCGUUUUGCCAGCGUUGAACCUGCUUGGAGAAAUCUGCAUUGAAUUGGGCGAUGCAGACGCUGCUCGCGAUUACUUCAUGCAAGCUGUAGAGGUGGAUCCGCAAGGCACUGUUCCAGAGGCUGUGGGCGGUGGCGCGGAAAAGUUCUUGUGGAUGGCGCAGUUGUGUGAGGAGGGUGGUGCGGCUAGUGUUGGCUGGUUUGAACGUGGAGCUAGCGUUUUGAAGAGGGAGAUUGCUGAAUUGGAGGCUUUGACGGAUAGAGAUGAGACUGCUGAGGUGCAGUUGGAGGAGAAGAGAGGAAAGUUGGCGAAUGCCUUGUGUGGUGUUGUCGAGGUGUACAUGACCGAUCUUUCAUGGGAAGCAGACGCUGAACAACGAUGCGAAGCCCUGAUCACAGAAGCCAUGAUGGUCGACCCCGAUAGCCCCGAGGUGCUGCAAACACUAGCCUCAGUCCGUCUAUCGCAACUCAAGCCCGAAGAUGCCCGCGCCGCCUUGACACGCAGCAUCAGCAUGUGGAAAGACCUCGAGCCCGAAGACCCUGCAGUCCCCGACUUCCCUAACCGCGUCAGUCUGGCCCGUCUGUUGAUGGAAGCCGAGAUGGAAGAGGAAGCCAUGGAUGUCUUGGAGCGUCUGGCCCUGGAAGACGACCAAAGUGUCGAGGCUUGCUAUCUUGGUGGUUGGUGCCUACAACUCAUGGCAGACAAGAAGAAGGCACAAUUCGGCGAUGCCGUCAACAACCCUGAGUCUGAACAGGCAAAGGAGUUGUUGGCUACGUUGAGAGCAAGCAGGAGUUGGUUGCUCAAUACCCUCAAACUGUACAGAGUCUUGGAGUAUGAAGACGAGAGACUCAAGCAGCACACUGAGGAAUUGGUCGAGGCACAAUGUCAAGUUCUUGGUCCUCCGCCAGAGGAGGGCAAGGAGGAUGAAGAGGAUGACGAAUGGGAAGGCAUUGACGAGGAUGAUGAAGCAGCCGAUGCCGACGAGGAGAUGGCUGGCAUGUAG